UGAAUACUCCAUAAGACCAGAUGCGAUGAAAUUCAAAUGAAUAGAUAGUUUAGUUCGUUAUUUAGUAUACGUAUCGUAGCGUCUAACAGUGGAAGUGGCGAUCGCUUAUCAGUGAUAACAAGAAUUGUGUCAGUAUGAUUAAAGUAUUUUUAUGUAUGUUAUUGUUUAUGACAUACGUAUUUACUGAUAGAGGAAGACCCAAACCGAAGAUAAUUAUUGAUAAUGACGCUGGCGGAGAUGACGCGAUGGCUAUAUUCCUUGCCUUACUAUACGAAAAACAUUUUGACGGACCAAAGCUGAUCGGCUUAACAACUGGCAAUGGUAACACAAAUUUGGAAAACGUUUGCAGAAAUAAUCAAAGAAUACUAAAAGCAGCAAAAAGACAAGAUGUUCCGAUUUACAGAGGAUCCCACGCAUCUCUUGUGGUGACACCUUCCGUUACAGACUAUUAUGGGAAAGAUGGUUUAGGAGACUGUGGACUGUAUAUGUCGGGCUUAGCACCACUGAAGGAGCAAAGUGCUGUCACAGCACUCAUUGAACUAUCAAAGAUCCAUGAAGGUAAUUUGAUAGUAGUAACAUUAGGAACUUUAACCAAUGUGGCACUAGCAAUCAAAUUGGAUCCCGAUUUCUUGGGUCGAUUAAAACAAUUGUAUGUCGCAGCCGGACAUAUACAAAAUGAAGAGAAUCCUGACCCAGAAUUCAACGCAAGUAUGGAUAUAGAAGCGUACCACAUCGUCACCCAAUACGCUACACCUGAUAAAGUGACCAUAUUUCCAUUCUCACAAGUGAAAAGUUGCCUGAACUUCACACGAAAUUGGAGGUUGGAAUCAUUGGGUAAAAUUAAUACAGAUAUAAUGCGUGCACAAAAUCUAUUUGAAAAAAUAGCUAUAGACAAAAAUGAGGAGUGGCAGGCAUUGGACCCAGCGGCAGUUGCGGUUGUUAUUAAUGAAGAUUUAGUUGAUGAAUAUAAAUAUUCAAAGAAUAGUAUUAUUACUUGCGGUGAACAAAGAGGAAUAAACACUAAUCAUUUCGUUGCAAAGGAAGAUGCAAACGUCAAGCUAAUAUAUUCAGUAAAACGAGAAGAAUAUAAAGAAUUUUUAUUGAAUGUGUUUUCAAAAGACGCAUAA